AUGAUUCUUCAUGGAACUGUGGACGGCAAGUUGGAUGACGCGAUGUUCGGGACCUUCGCCGCCACAAAUCAAGCCUGGAUGUGGCGUAGCUCCCAUAUCAACGACCGUCUUGACGACGCGCGUGUACUGGCGACUAUAAGAGGACCUACAAAGGAAGACCCAUUCCGCUUUCUAGGCGUGAAAUGGUUCGUCAAAGAGCGUCCUGCUGUCCUGACGGGUCUAGGCGAAAAAGUGGGCUACUACCUCAUGCAUUCCAUCAAACUGCCUCGAAUGGUCCCGGAAUUAAACGAAUUGGGUCUUCUUCGAGGAGAUUUGAGUCUUUGUUUCAUCGAUCGUCAGCGUGGGAAAAAUAAAGUUGAAAAGUACUGUCGCAGUUUUAGCGACCCUCGAGGCAAAAUCAUUGAUCGAGUGGCUGUUGCCGUCACCGCCGAGUCUCUGAUCUGUGCUGCCAGUAUCGUCGACUACGCGUAUAUCAAGAAGCUGACGUGGCUGAUGAAGCACAAAGGCGGUCAAAGUGCGUCGAAUGAGCAUCAGAUUCGACCCAAAUGUUGCGAAAGCUGUGGCAAAAGUUUUGCCAAAUUUUCAUUUUCGAGCGCUGGAAUGGGUGCAGAUUGCCAAAUUUGUCGCCGCGUGGUGUGCAGUAAGUGCAGCGUCGUCAAGAAAAUGACAGUAGAUGUGUCGAACACUGGCGCAGUGAAACAAUGCGCGCUACGGUUCUGUCUCGAGUGUCUAUAUGAAGCAAAGGAGCAGUGUGUGUGGGAAAUGGCUCUGACUGGGGUCGACACUGCAUCAGAGACGUCGUCAGCUUCGAAAAAGGAAAAUCAUAGUGAGAUCUAA